AUGUAUAAUGACUUAGAAAGAUUCAUUACAUUCACAGAAAGAGAAGGAUUUGAUAAAGAUCAAAGACUUAAAAGCGAAUUAUAUACAAAUUUUUCCUAUUCAUUACUUGAAUUAUGUUGUUAUCAUGGAGCAGUUGAUUGUUUCAAGUUUUUAAGAACAAAAUUUAAUUCAUCAAUAACUUAUGAAUGUUUACAAUUUUCAUUUUUAGGAGGAAAUCCAGAGAUCAUGAGUGAAUGUUUGAAAUAUAAGGAACCAGUAACUUAUUCACACCAAAAAAAUGCAAUUAUCUCACACAACAUUGAUUUUGUUACAUUCUUGAUGAAUGAAUACAAUGUAGAGAUCGAUUUAGAAUACUGUGCAUAUUAUAAUAAUCUUGAAGCAUUUUUAGUUUGCUUUGAUCGAACUAAUGAUAUUAAUCUAUGCUUUGUUUAUUCAUCGAUGUUUAAUAUUCCAUCCCUUUGCAAAUAUUUCCUAUCACGUGGUGCUGAUAUCAAUGCAGAAAAUAGAGAUGAACAAACUGCUCUUCAUUGUGCGGCCUUAAAAAAAUAG